CCCAACUCUAUUUCUGACUGCGUCCCAGUGUGUCCUGCAGUGUGUCCUGCAGUGUGUCAGUGUGUGUCCGUGGUGGUGUUUGUGUGACAGCGGGACUCUCAGGAUUUGUCGUUAACCAUCUUGGAUCUUUUAGCCGACUUUCCGAAGGUUGUUUGUCUUUCUCUGCGCACACACACACACCGCCACCACCACCGCCACUCUGACAUCACAUCUGGUCGUGACCCCCGCCCCCCCCACCCAUCACCCCUGAACCCGCCUCCCACCUCCUCUCUCUGUUGAAGCCAUGGCGCUGUCUUCACGCUUAAAACUGUGGGAGCAGAAGAUAAAGGAGGAGAAGACGCCGGUGGCCGCCGCCGAACCUCCUCCACCUCUGUCAGCUCUGCCGGGCGGCUUCCUCAAACAGCUGGUCAGAGACUCGGAGAAGGAGACCAAACAGAAAGAGCCCGAGGCCAAAGACGAGAAACAGCCGAGCAAACUGAGCGACAACCUGGUGCAACAGUUCCUCCUCCCGGACCAGACUCCUCCGAUCCUGGAGGCGGAGAUGGCUCUCCGGGCCGAGCAGCUCAUCCAGAACAGCCGGUCCUCGUCCUCGUCUCAGAGGCAAAUCUUCUCUCCUGAACCCGGCAACAAGCAGGAAACCAAACAGGAAGUAACGCCGGUACCACUGAAGCAGCAGCAGCAGCAACAACCGGACAUGAGGUCGUUGGAGAGGAGCAAGAAGAAGAAGGUGCAAGAGGAGGAGAGGAUAGAGGAGGUGCAGCAGGUGGAGAGGAAGGAGGAGGGGAUGGAGGAGAGGAUGGAGCCGGAGGGAAGGCAGGCAGACACCACGGUAACGGAGAGGAGAGAGGUGAGAGAUGUUUGGUAUGAAGCUGGAACGGUGUGGUUCGUCCACAAGGAUGGUUUCACCCUCGCCACUCAGCUGAAGCCAGACGAAGGCACACCUGAACUCCCAGAAGGCCGAGUGAGGGUCCGCCUGCAAACAGACAGGUCGCUGCACGAUGUCACAGAGCACGAGAUAGAGAAGUGUAACCCCUCAGAGCUGGACCUGUGUGAGGAUCUGAGCGACCUCCAGAGCGUCAACGAAUGUGGAGUUCUGCACAAUCUGACCAGCCGAGCUAAAGCCAACAUGCCGCUCACGCACGCCGGACCCAACCUGGUGAACUUCUGGCCUCCGUUACAGGCUCACAGCAAGACUCCAAAGUCUCGGCGAGGGGACUCGGCGUGGGACGCUCCCCCUGCUCUGUCUGCUCUGGUCAAACGGGUGUACGUGUCCAUGGUGGGGACCAGGAGAGACCACAGCGUGUGCGCGGUGGGACGCAGCGGGACGGGCAAGACCACCGCAUGCCAGGCCUUCACCAUGGGUCUCCUCAAACUGGCCGGCACAACCGGGGAGAAGAUCAGCGUGGAGCGCGUUCAGGCCAUGUUCACCAUCCUGAGGUCUUUUGGCUGCGUGAGCUCGCCGCACAGCGACGCCUCGUCUCGAUUCGCCAUGGUCUUCUCUCUGGACUUCAACCAUGCUGGACAGACGGCUGCUGGACACCUACAGACGAUGAUGUUGGACAAAUGGAAAGUGUGUCAGAGAACUCCAGGAGAGAGUAACUUCCUGGUCUUCUCUCAGAUGCUGGCAGGAGUCAGCACAGAGAUGAGGACAGACCUGCAGCUUCACCAACUUCCUGAGUCCAACUCUUUUGGGAUUGUUCAUCCCACCAAGGUUGAGGAGAAGCAGCGUGCGUCCGUCGCCUUCACCAAGCUGCUGACUGCCAUGGAAACGCUGAGCUUCUCAGCCGGCGAGCAGAAGGCGAUAUGGCAUGUUCUGGCUGGUAUUUACCAUCUGGGAGCUGCCGGGGCCUGUAAAGCGAGCAGGAGACAGUUUGUGAACUUCGAGAGCGCUCAGGUGGCCAGCAGUGUCCUUGGCUGUGAGGGAGAAGAUCUGCACACCGCCGUCUUCAAACAUCACCUCCGCCAGCUGCUGCAGAGAGCCACCGGGGGAACCAGAGAGAGGAGCACUGCUGCAGAGUCAGAGGACGGUCCCAGACUGACAGCUGCUCAGUGUGUUGACGGGAUGGCUGCUGGACUCUAUGAAGAACUCUUCACCUCCAUAGUCUCACUUAUCAACAGGGCUCUGAGCGGUCAGCAGCUGACGUUGGCCUCGGUGAUGGUGGUGGAUACGCCGGGCCUCAGGAACCCGAGACACUCGGCAGAGGAGCGAGCAGCCAGCUGGUCUGAACUGUGUCACAACUACCUGCAGGAGCGGCUGCUGCAGCACUACCACACACACACCUUCAGACACACUCUGGAGAGAUACACACAGGAGAAGGUCCCUGUGAAGGUGGAGUGUCCAGAGAACAGUCCAUCUGAGGUGGUGUCUGCUAUCGACCAGCCGCCUCCGCAGGUCCGGGCGGCAGAUGGAGACCCCAGAGGUCUGUUAUGGGUUCUAGAUGAGGAGAUGGUGACACCAGCCUCCAGUGAGAACAGCGCCCUGGAGAGAGUCUGCCAGUAUUACAGCAACACUGUGCGUCAGUGCGAGCAGCCGCUGCAGUGUGAGGUGAACCACCUGAUGGGCAGCGACCCGGUCCGCUACGACCUGACCGGAUGGCUCGGUCUGAUCCAGAACAACCCGUCAGCUCUGAACGCCAUCGGUGUGCUCCAGAACUCCACCAUAGGCGAGGUGAAAGCCAUGUUCACCCCCAAAGUCUCUCUGCCCCCCCUGUGUCGAGGUCUGGGGGGUCUGGAGGGCUGCAGCCAGCGCUCUCUGCAGCGGAACGGCACCAUCAGGAAGACCUUCAGCGGAGGGAUGGCGGCCAUACGCAGACACUCCCAAUCCAUCGCAGUCAAACUACAGGCAGAUGCUCUGGUGAACCUGAUCCGUCGAGCCAGGCCGGUGUUCCUGCAGUGUGUGAGCACUAAGGCCGACGGUGGAGGUUUUGACGUCCCGGCGCUCCGAGUCCAGCUGCACUCCACACAGAUCCUGUCGGCCCUGCAGCUCCACCGCACAGGUUAUCCAGAGCACAUGACGUUGAGCGACUUCAGGUGUCAUUUCCAGGCGUUGUCGCCUCCGAUUAUGAAACGUUACGCUUCGAUGUUUGUCAGCCAUGAUGAGAGAAAGGCGGUGGAGGAGCUGCUGGUUGAACUGGAUCUGGAUAAGAAGAGCAUCGUGGUGGGCGCCGGCAGGGUGUUCAUGAAGCGAGGUAUGCUGCGCUACCUGGAGCAGCAGAGGGACCAGCAGGUCACCGGCUGGCUGGUCUAUCUACAGGCCGCCUGCAUGGCACAUCUGGCCCGCCAGAAGUACCGCAAACUCAAGGUGCAGCAGAUGGCGGUCAGCUGUCUGCAGAGGAACCUUCGGGCUCUGAGGAUCGUGUCCAAGUGGAGCUGGUGGAAACUUUUCUGCAGAGUUCGUCCUCAGCUCGACGUCAACAUGGACAACGAAAGGCUCCGGUCCAAAGAGGAUGAGAUAUCGGGUCUGAGACGACGCCUGCAGAAAUCAGAGAAGGAGAGGAAUGAGCUGAGACAGACUGCAGACGGCCUGGAGACCAAGGUCACCGCUGUGACAUCUGAGCUAAGUGAUGAGCGUUUCCGUGGCGAUGCGGUGGGUCAGGCUCUGGAUGUGGAGAGGGCAGAGAGGAUCCGACUCAGCAGAGAGAACAGAGACCUGCAGGUAGACAAAGCUCGUCUAGACCAGUGUAGAGUCACCAUGGAAACGGUGGAGAAGCAGCUGGAGGAGGAGAAACACAAAGCCAAGAUCGCUGAGAGUCAGCGAGGACCAGCGACAGAGAGCGAGCUGGCCAUGCAGCUGGAGUGCUGCCAGACGGAGGUGGAAUUCGUCCGCAGACGACUGAAGCAGACGGAGGAAAAGCUGGAGAUGGAGAGACAGAGCCGACAACAGCUCGAUACCAAGGUGGCCACACUGCAGACCCAGCUGGAGCAGUCCAGGCAGAGUGUGACAGAACUGAAACGUCACUGCCGCCGCGUGACCUCUGACCUCCAGGACGCCAGAGUCCUCACCGACAGCCUGCAGAGCCGCAUGCAUGAGCUGGACCGCAAACAGAGGAGGUUUGACAGCGAGUUGACUCAGGCUCUGGAGGCGGCCGACAACGAGAGAGAGCAGAAGGACAAAACGGUUCAGGAGAACACAGCUCUGGGGGCUGAGAUCUACUCUCUGCGCCGCAGCCUGCAGGAGAGCCAGUCGGAGGCGGGCCGUCUGCAGAAGCAGAAGGACGAGUUGUGCGCUCAGAUCCGUGACCUCAGCCUGCCCGUCGAUCUGGCCUCCGAUUCGCUGCCCGACCUCAAGAAGCAGCUUCGCCUCCUGGAGGGUCAGGCCAGCGAGAGAGCGCACGAGAUCAGCACGCUCAGCAGCCAAAUACAGCAGCAGCAACAGAUCCACAUGCGCUUUGAGAUGGAGAUGGAGAGGAUGAAGCAGAUGCACCAGAAGGAGUUGGAGGAUAAAGAGGAGGAGUUAGAGGACGUCCACAAGUCCUCCCAGAGACGGCUGAGGCAGUUGGAGAUGCAGUUGGAGCAGGAGUACGAGGAGAAACAGAUGGUGAUUCAUGAGAAGCACGACUUGGAGGGACUCAUAGCGACUCUGUGUGACCAGGUCGGUCACAGAGACUUCGACGUGGAGAAGAAGCUGAGGAGAGACCUGAAGAGGACUCACGCCCUGCUGGCCGACGCCCAGCUGCUCCUCUCCACCGUCGACAACCCGGGCCAGAACCUGCCCAACGGCAGCAGGGAGCAGAUAGAGCGCCUGCACUGCCAGUUCGAGGAGAGCGAAGCGAGGCGGCUGGAGGCCGAGAGCGUUCAGGAGACUCUCUCUCAGGAGCUGGAGAACGCUCAGAUCGAGCUGGAAAAUAUCUGCAAACAGAAGAGUGUGGUGGAUGAGCAGCUGUCUCUGCUGCAGCAUGAGAAGGUGGACCUGCUGAAGAGGCUGGAGGAGGACCAGGAAGACCUCAACGAGCUGAUGAAGAAGCACAAAGCGCUCAUCGCUCAGUCCUCCAGUGAUAUCUCUCAGAUCAGAGAGCUGCAAGCUGAGCUGGAGGAGGUGAAGAAACAGAGACACUCUCUGCAGGAAGAGCUCCAGCAGCGCGUGUCCAGGGUGCAGUUCCUGGAGGCGUCCACCGUGGGGCGUAGCAUCGUCAGCAAACAGGAAGCACGAGUGUGUGACCUGGAGAAUAAGCUGGAGUUUCAGAGAGGUCAAGUCAAGAGGUUUGAGGUGCUGGUGCUGCGUUUAAGGGACAGCGUGGUCCGUCUGGGUGAGGAGCUGGAGCAGAGCGCCCAGGCCGAGGCCCGGGAGAGAGAGAACGCCCGCUACUACCAGCAGCGCCUGCAGGACAUGAGGAUGGAGAUGGAGGAGCUGGUCCAGAGGGAGCAGGACAGCAGCCGCAGACGCAUGGAGCUGGAGAUGCAGGUGGAGGAGCUCAACGCCGUCAGACAGACGCUACAGGCCGACCUGGAGACGUCCAUCCGCCGCAUCGUGGAUCUGCAGGCCGCCCUGGAGGAGGUGGAGUCGAGCGACGAGAGCGACUCUGAGAGCGCUCAAACUGCUGUGGAGUCCUUGACUCGAAAGAAAGACCUUGACUCGGUGUCCAGUGUGGGCUCCAUCGGGACGGAGGAUGUAGGAGAGGGGAUCCGUCAUUGGUUAGGGGUUCCCAGAGGAGGAUCCCGCGGCGGCGGCGGCUCGCCGUACGGCAGCAGUACCAUCAGCAGCCAGGGAGGGCGCCAGUCUCUCGCUGACACCAUGAGCACCUACAGCUUCCGGUCUUGUGUGGAUCCUGAUGACGAGGGUUCUGAGGCGGGAGCCGGAGGUACCAGAGGUCCCAGUCGGGCCCCGUCCUCCUCGGCGCUGUCUGAACUGCUGGACGGACUCCGUAAACGCAGAGCCGGCGGCGACGCGGGAGAAGGAGCCGGCAGCGCCAUCUCCCUGCCGGUGUAUCAAACGACGGCGGCGUCGACUCUCAGACGGAGAGCCUCGGCGCUGUCUCUCGGUCCAGGUGACCUCCAGGAGCCCCGGCCCGGCCCCAGCAUCCUCAAACCGCCCUCCCCGCUCCUGCCUCGUGCCGCCAGCGCUCGCUCCAUCGGUGACGCUCCGACGUCUGCCGUCUCAACAUCUGGAGCCAAACUCUCUCGCUUCAACUCCAGCGACUCCCUCUCUUCGGUCCCCUCGCUGCCACGCCUCUCCUCCUUGGCGUCGUCCCUCGCCGUUCGCCAUCAGCCUCCGUCCCUGUCCAUCCCGGAGGAGGACCCAGACCAACCCCUGCGCUCCCGGACGACCCCCGUGCAGCGCUCCCCUCAGGCACUGAGGAGGUGCAUGCUGGGAAGUCUGGCUUCAGAGGAUGGAGGUGAAGGAUCUCUGGGUUCAGAACCCAUGGUCUUCCAGAACCGCCGCCUGAUCGAGGACCGCGACGACGCGGCCUCCGACAUCCUGCCCGCCAUCCGGAGAGCUCAGUCCGCCAGCAGCCUGGCGGGCUCGGUCCGAGGAGGCAGGAGGGCGCUGAGCGUCCACUUCGGAGAGCUGCCGCCUUCCACGCGCAGCAGGAAGGGCUCUGAGACGGAGUCGUCCAGCUCCGGGGGAUCGGGAGGAAGUUCCCAGGGAGGAAGUUCUCAGGGGGCGGGGCCUCGACGGCGGUUUGACAGGCCGCAGGGAGAAAGACUGGAGGCGGAGGGCAGCGAGGGAGGAGACGUGGCUUCAGUCAUGAAGAGAUACCUGAAGAAGGAGGUCGACUGAAGCACAUCAGGUGAGCUCUCAGCUGUGAGCUUCACGGGAGCUGCAGUCGAGCCCGAACCAAACACUUCACAAGUCCACACGGAUGGUCCUUUUUUUGACUAAAGUCACCUGAAAAUACACCAAACUGUAUUUUCACAUGAGCACUGUUUGUAUACCAAUAAAAAGAAUUCAAUUCA